CACUAUGUCCGAACCAAAUUAUGUGCGAACCAAAUUAAUUUUAGCCGCUUCUUUACAGUACGUAGGAACAACAGACAACAGCGCCCCCUGGACUAACGUUACAUGACUGAGCCCUGCAUCACGCUGGGAAUAAAAGCUCCAUCAUCCUUCUGCGAUACGAGCAUCGUUUUGGUGGAGCUAGGGCAUCCUCCCAACCCCCGACACCCAUGACUACCGACUAGGGUCGUUCAUUAACAGACAAACAGAGGGUUAUAAGGACAGUAUUAUGGCGAAGCACCGUAAAGACAGAGACAGCUGGGGGUCCCUUGGUGACAAAAAUGUAUAUGACUGGAGCUCAGAGGAGGAGGAGCCAGACGGACGAGCCCGGCCUGUGCAAGUACUGCUGGUCAAAGACGACCACACCUUCGAGCUGGAUGAGGCGGCUCUGAGCCGCAUCCUGCUAGCGGAGGAGGUCAGGGACCGUGAGGUGGUGGCCAUCUCUGUGGCCGGAGCUUUCCGAAAGGGCAAGUCCUUCCUCAUGGACUUCAUGCUGCGUUACAUGUACAACCACGCAUCUGAAGGCUGGCUCGGAGAUGCAGACGAGCCUCUGACCGGCUUCUCCUGGAGGGGGGGCUCAGAGAGGGAGACCACCGGGAUCCAGAUCUGGAGUGAGGUCUUCCUGGUGGACAAGCCAGAUGGAAGAAAGGUCGCUGUAUUGCUAAUGGACACACAAGGCACGUUUGACAGCCAGUCAACGCUGAGGGAUUCAGCCACUGUAUUCGCCUUGAGCACCAUGAUAAGCUCCAUGCAGGUUUACAACAUCUCACAGAAUGUACAAGAGGAUGACCUUCAGCAUUUGCAGCUUUUCACAGAGUACGGCAGACUAGCUAUGGAGGAGACUUUCCUCAAACCAUUCCAGUCCAUGAUUUUCCUCGUUCGAGACUGGAGCUUUCCAUAUGAGUUUCCUUAUGGACAGGAGGGAGGCAUGAAGUUCCUCGAGAAGCGACUGAAGAUCUCAGAGAACCAGCACGAAGAGCUGCAGAACGUGCGUAAACACAUCCACUCCUGCUUCACCAACAUCUCCUGUUUCCUGAUGCCUCACCCGGGCCUCAAAGUGGCCACCAACCCACACUUUGAUGGAAGAAUUACAGAGAUCGAUGGUGAUUUUUUGAACAACCUGAAGGUUCUGGUCCCCUGGCUCCUCAGUCCUCGUAACAUCGAUGUGAAGGAGAUCAAUGGCAGCAAAAUCACCUGCAGAGGACUGGUGGAGUACUUCAAGGCAUACAUCAAAAUAUACCAAGGUGAAGAGCUGCCACAUCCAAAAUCCAUGCUGCAGGCCACAGCAGAAGCCAAUAAUUUGGCAGCAGUAGCGGCUGCAAAGGAUCUGUAUAACAAGAAAAUGGAGGGGGUUUGUGGGGGUGACCGGCCCUUCCUGGCCCCCAGCGAGCUGCAGGCCCGACACAGCGCCAUCAGAGAGGAGGCACUGCAGGUUUUUCGGGGAGUGAAGAAGAUGGGAGGCGAGGAGUUCAGCCGCCGCUACCUGCAGCAGCUGGAGGGAGAAAUUGACGAGGUGUUUGUCCAGUACAUCAAGCACAAUGACUCCAAGAACAUUUUCCACGCAGCCCGCACGCCGGCCACCCUGUUUGUGGUCAUCUUUGUCAUGUACGUGGCCGCAGGCAUCACAGGCUUUGUGGGCGUGGACAUCAUUGCCAGCUUGUGUAACAUGAUCCUGGGUCUGGCAUUGAUCACUCUCUGCACCUGGGCCUACAUCCGGUACUCUGGGGAAUACAGAGAACUCGGCGCCGUCAUCGAUCAGGUGGCCGGUGCACUCUGGGACCAGGUAAUUAAACAAAGACAUAGACAUUAA